AUGGCUCCUCUGGUGGAUAACCCGUUGAUCGCAUCUGCGACUCUACAUAAUCCUUUACCACUUCAACUACAUGCCUAUGUGUGGCCUUUUGUUAUCAUCUGGCCAAUAUUUCUACGUUAUUAUCUCUCCGAGGACCUCUAUAACACGCAUAUUGGUGGACAAGAGUGGACUUUUGUCUGGUGCGGAACCAUCAUCACUCUGCAAAGCUUAGUUUGGCUGAGCACGAACUGGAAUAUCAACCUUAAAGCCCUCUUCACAACGAAAUCCGCGAAAUCCGUCCAGGAUGCACAGUUAAUUAAGCUUCUGCCCGCUGUCAAUGCGGGUUCUGCAGAUAUCUGCAAGAUUGAGAGAGACAAUGCUGGGGGCAAAACCAAUAUCUCCUUCCUCUUUCAAAAGCGUCGAUUCCUUUACGACCCGGUCACGAACUCUUUCGCACCUUUGAUAUACCCCCUCGAUGCCGAACCAAAGCCUUACAUACGAGAAUUUCAACAUUCGAGAGGUAUAUCGUCUGCUUCUGAGCUCUCUAGAAUCCAGCACCAUUAUGGGGACAACACCUUCGAUAUUCCCGUCCCAACCUUUGUCGAAUUGUUCAAGGAGCAUGCGGUCGCCCCAUUCUUCGUCUUCCAGAUAUUCUGUGUUGGAUUGUGGAUGUUGGAUGACUACUGGUACUUUUCGCUGUUCACCCUCCUCAUGCUUGUCGGAUUCGAGAGCACUGUUGUUUGGCAACGUCAAAGAACCUUGAAUGAAUUCCGCGGAAUGAGCAUCAAGCCAUACGACAUCUAUGUGUAUAGACAAAAUAAAUGGUUGGAAACUCAGAGCGACAAACUUCUCCCCGGGGAUUUGGUUUCUGUUGGCCGUACCAAGGAAGACAGUGGAGUUGCCUGCGAUAUGGUUUUGGUCGAAGGAAGUGCUAUUGUGAACGAGGCUAUGUUAUCAGGAGAAAGUACCCCACUCUUGAAGGAUUCCGUCCAGCUCAGACCCGGCGAUGCCCUGCUUGAGCCUGAAGGACUAGACAAGAAUGCAUUCCUAUACGGCGGCACCAAGGUGCUACAAAUCACUCAUGGAAACACUGACGAGGAAAGGCCCAAGGUUGCCUCAGGCGUUCCAUUCCCUCCAGAUAAUGGCGCUAUGGCUAUCGUUGUAAAGACUGGUUUUGAGACUUCUCAGGGAAGCUUAGUUCGCACCAUGAUCUACUCCACUGAGCGUGUUUCCGCCAACAACGCAGAAGCCUUACUUUUCAUCUUGUUCCUGUUGAUUUUCGCAAUCGCAGCCUCUUGGUAUGUCUGGGACGAUGGUGUGAAGAAGGACAGGAAGCGGUCCAAGCUUCUCCUUGAUUGUGUCUUGAUUGUCACUAGUGUUGUGCCUCCAGAACUUCCUAUGGAGCUUAGUCUCGCCGUGAACACCAGUCUUGCAGCUCUCAGCCGCUACGCCAUCUACUGUACCGAACCUUUCCGUAUCCCUUUCGCUGGACGAGUCGACGUUGCUUGUUUCGACAAGACUGGAACUUUGACUGGAGAGGAUUUAGUCGUGGAGGGAAUUGCUGGUCUUGGCCUUGGUCACUCCGGUACUGACACCCCUCGCGAAAAUGGUGGUGCCCAUAGUAAUAUCACUACUGUCCAUGAAGCUGGUCUAGAAACGACCCUUGUUCUCGCUACUGCUCACGCUCUUGUAAAAUUGGAUGAGGGCGAGAUCGUCGGGGAUCCUAUGGAGAAAGCUACUUUGACGUCUCUGGGCUGGACUCUCGGAAAGAACGAUAUUCUUACGAGCCGGAGCAUGACGGCAAUGAAAGGCAUGUCAUUUGCCACUUCUUCCAACAGCGUCCAAAUUAAGCGCAGAUUCCAAUUCUCUUCGGCCUUGAAGCGUCAAAGCUCCGUGGCAACCGUCACGGUACUGAACCCACAGUCCGGAAAGAAAGUUAGAAAUACCUUCGUCGGUGUCAAAGGCGCUCCUGAAACCAUCAUGAAAAUGCUGGUUAAGGUUCCCGCAGACUAUGAAGAGACAUUCAAAUACUUUACAAGAAAAGGGUCUCGUGUCCUUGCUCUGGCUUACAAGCAUCUUUCCACCGAUUCAGAACUUGGCUCUGGUAAGAUCAACGAGCUCAAACGAGAAAAUGUUGAGGCGGAGUUACAUUUUGCUGGCUUCUUGGUUUUGCACUGUCCUCUAAAGGACGAUGCUAAGUCAUCGGUACGAAUGCUUAAUGAGAGCAGUCACCGUGUGGUCAUGAUUACUGGAGACAAUCCUCUGACAGCUUGCCAUGUCGCCCACGAAGUCGAAAUUGUCGACAGAGACGUUUUGAUCUUAGAUGCUCCAGAGAACGAUGAUUCAGGAGAAAAUCUUGUUUGGAGAAGCGUUGAUGACCAAAUCAGCAUCCCUGUGGAUCCAACUAAGCCUAUCGACCCUAAAAUCAUUCAAUCUAACGACCUCUGUGUUACAGGGUAUGCUCUCGCAAAGUUCAAGGGACAAGUCGCUUUGUCAUCUAUCUAUCGUUAUACCUGGGUAUAUGCCCGUGUAUCGCCGAAACAAAAGGAAGAAAUCUUGAUGGGUCUCAAGGACCUCGGCUACUAUACACUUAUGGCAGGCGAUGGCACAAACGAUGUUGGUGCUCUUAAGCAAGCCCAUAUUGGUGUGGCAUUGCUUAAUGGUUCUCAAGAUGACCUCAACAAAAUCGCCGAACAUUGGAGAAAUACCAAGAUGAAGGAUUUGUAUGAGAAGCAACGUUCCAUGAUGAAGCGCUUCAACCAGCCAGAUCCUCCUGUCCCUGUUGCUAUCGCCCAUCUAUACCCUCCAGGACCAUCAAAUCCCCAUCACGCGGCUGCCAUGCAACGUGAGCUGGAGAGGAAAGGAAAUGCGCAAGCUCUCACCGAGACCGCCGUGGGAGAUAAAUCGAACGGUGUUGAAACUAUCACCUCUCCCGGAGCGCAAGCAAUUCUAGAUGGCAAAAAGAAGGACAAAACCCCGUCUCCAGCGCAGCAAAAGGCUCUUAAUUUGACCGAAAAAUUCACACAAAGCAUGAUGGAAGACCUUGACGAGGAUGAACCACCCACUAUCAAGCUCGGUGAUGCUUCAGUCGCUGCGCCUUUCACCAGUAAGCUGAGCAACGUUAUCGCCAUUCCAAACAUCAUCCGCCAAGGACGAUGUACACUUGUAGCAACGAUCCAGAUGUACAAAAUCCUCGCGCUCAACUGUCUCAUCAGUGCAUACAGUCUUAGUGUGCUUUACCUUGAAGGAAUCAAGUUUGGAGAUGGCCAAGUUACGAUCAGCGGAAUGCUUAUGAGUGUUUGCUUCUUGUCUAUUUCAAGAGCCAAGUCUGUCGAUGGUCUCUCCAAGGAACGCCCCCAACCAAACAUCUUCAACUUUUACAUCAUUGGAUCUAUUCUUGGUCAAUUUGCCGUUCACAUUGUUACAUUGAUUUAUAUCGCUCGCUUCUGCGAACGCCUUGCUCCACGUUCCGAAGCGGUCGAUCUCGAAGGGGAAUUUGCCCCUUCCCUAUUGAACAGUGCCGUCUAUCUCUUGCAACUCAUCCAGCAAAUCUCAACCUUUGCUAUCAAUUACCAAGGCAGGCCAUUCAGGGAAUCUCUGUCAGAAAACCGAGGCAUGUACUGGGGUAUCCUAGGUGUCACAGGCAUCGCAUUCUCCUGCUCCACUGAAUUUAUCCCUGAACUCAACGAGAAGAUGCGCCUCGUGCCUUUCUCGUCAGACUUCAAGUGGACCAUGACUGCCACUAUGAUUGUCGACUACCUCGGGUGCUUCGUGAUUGAGAAGGUCUUGAAGUUCCUCUUCAGUGACUACAGGCCGAAGGAUAUUGCGAUUAGGAGACCAGAUCAGCUGGCAAGGGAGCAGAAGAGAAUUGCGGAUGCAGAAGCUGAGGUUUACCGCUUAGAGGAGGAGAAGGCAGCGAAGGUUAUUGAGGAGUUAGAAGCGAAGCUCGCGGCGAGGGGACGGGCAUAA